AUGAUCGUUCUCAUCGGAUACGAGGAUCAUCGCGUUGGAGACUUCACAAUUAAGAGCAGGAAGGGUGGUGCUGUCAACCUUUAUAGUGAUACACAAAUGCUCGUCAUUUAUGGCAAAACAGAAAAUCCUGAAAAGGAUUUUAACUUCGAAUUCGAUGCUUUCAAAGAAGAUAAGAAAGUUGGAACAUUUGAAUUUAAGUAUGACAUGAUUUCUGCACCAAAAUACAAAAUUAUUACACUUGCUUGUAAAGAAAAUGCAGAAUUAACAAUCACUUUAAUCUGUGCUGUCUCAUUCCCACUUCAGAAUCCACCAACUGGCAAAGUUGAACUACAUUUGCCAAAGCAUAUUGCAAUCGGACACAGAGGUUCUGGUGCUAACGUCGUUGCAAAGGAAUUCCUCGAAAACACAAUGCCAGGAUUCAUGAAAGCUUAUGAAAGGAAGGCUGAUGUUGUCGAAUUCGAUGUUCAACUCGUAGAUGAUGAGACACCUGUUAUUUUCCAUGAUUUUACACUUGAAGUCAAAGAGCCAAUCGAAGGAAUAAAGCCCAACUCCGUUGAGGAAGGUAAAAUCCUUUAUGCAUGGCAGCAACUUAAUACAAAGAUUCAUCGUGAGUCAGGAUUAACGACAGAUUACAAAUGCGAGCGUCCAACAUUCAAAGAACUCAUGACUGAUCUUCCUAAGGACUUAGUUUUAGAUAUUGAGAUCAAAUAUCCUUUCUCAAAAUUAUUCAGAGACAAGAUCCCAUAUGCUGAGAGAAACCACUUCCUCCAACGUGUUAUUGAUGAAAUGAAUGCUUAUGUUGGUGAUCGCGAGCUCUUCUUCUCUGCAUUUUGCCCAUUAGUUGUUGUUAUGCUCGCUACAAAGCAAUCUAGGUGGCCAGUAUACCAAUUAAUGACAGUCGAAAAAGACGAGACAUUUGAAAAGUUCCUCCUUAAAGUCCGUUCCUUUGCUCCUCUCCAUAAAGAACUCGGAAUCAAUGGUUUCGUUCUCGAUAGCGAACAUCUAUUGAAAGAACCAAAGCUUGCAACUGAGCUCAUCAACAUGGGAUUCCAAGUUUCAACCUACGGAAAGCCAAAUAACACAGUUGAAGCAAUCAAUCAACAACUCGACUUAGGUCUUACAGGAAUUUGCACAGAUACAAUGGAACAAUGCAGAAGAGUUAUUGAUGAAUACGAUGCUGCACAUAAAUAA